GCUAGCCAACAGUCACCCUGGAGCAGUGAGUCAGUGAGGAAGAGGAUGUAAUCACCCUGCUGUCUUGUGAAGGAAUUGGAACGGUUCUCGAAUGGAUGCCCUUCCUAACCUCGGACGUUGAUCAAGAUUCGAAUCCUUGUACUUGAAAACCCCUUGGGCUCUGUGCGGGUUAUUUCUGUCCCAGGAUGGUUCAGAAGAGUAGAGUACCAAGGAGAGGUAUCAUAGGUUGUAACAUAGAAAUGAAAAGAGAAGGAAAGCGAAGGAAAAGUAGGAAGAAAAUGGAAUCUCAGGUGACCAGCUUACAAAUUAAGGAAGAUCUGAACAGCAAACUCGAAACACGAAGCGCUGAAGUCCCGAGUCCUUGCUUCGAAACCUGCGUGAAUAAGGGAUCAAAGAGGCGAUUCGGAACCACCAAUGAAGCUCCGAAGCCACGAGUCUUCAUCACGUGGUUGGGAUUCGGGAACUAGCCAGCGCACUCAAGGCAGACUGACGGCGAAGAGCGGUGGUCUUGGUGGCUGGGUCCUGUUGGCUGUCUGGUGGCCCUGCUGCUUGCGAGGGAUACGAAGGGUGACGUGAGUGGUGUGAGAAUCGGCAUCCUCCACGGAGACUGCUGCGCUGCACCUUGGACCUGGAAAGAGGGACACGCUUCUACGCAGACGGUCACAGGAGACGAUUAUGGCCACCAAUACGAUCAAAUAAGCGCAUCUCGUGCCCAAGAAAACACUAAGACUGAUGCACUUCAGACGUAAUCACGACGCCGCGAGUUAAGUCUUCCGGAAAUUUUCGUUACUGAAUUAAGUAUAUAUUCGUGUGUAUGUUCCGUUAUUGCACGAGAAAUAUUAAUAUGAGGCUUUAAUGAAUGGUGACAUGAUGUCCAUUUGGAUUUGAUACAGGUUUCCAAGUGUUCCAAAGUAGUGACACCAAGCCUUUUUGUUGUUUCCCUCAGGUGGCCAUGCCUCGUUGCGUGUCUUCAGGGUUCUCCCGCACUGCUGCUGUUGCUCGUCCUGCAAGGCUGCUUGCUUCACACACCCCCACACUCACACUUCCUACGUGUACCUAGCGUGUCAGACUGUGUGGCUUGCAGUGUUGCGAGUAACAAAGCUUCCCAGUGUACAAAGUUCAGAGAACUCCCUACCACAAUGACUUACUUGAUUUGAUUUUUUUUUUUUCUAGUGACUUUUGGUGUUGAAUUGCCAGUUGUUCUGUUUACGGACGCUCUUUACCUAAAGGUUGUGAUAAAAUAAGUAUGUUUUAAAUGCCGUUUUUUGGCAGAAUAAGGAAAACGUGUGUAUUACAGUUGACAAUAAACCUAACCUACCUUGCACGUAACCCACCUGCGAGACAAGACUUCCUAAUAAAGCUUGACCUACGAGAGAACUUGACCUUCGAGACUGAUAUUAAACUUUAAGAUCCCUUAGCCACGGAAGUGCGGAAGAUUACGGGGCUUCCUUGGCUAGACAGACUACGCAGUGAGGUAUUCCUACAGAGAUCAUCAUACAGGUGCGUUCCGUUCUCAUCCUGUCACUACUCCCACCACAAACCGUUCGUUAACCAUCACUACUGGAUUUAUUAUUGACAGCAUGUACAAUUUACUAUUACUCCCAACGCCUAUCUUUCCUCACUUUCCUUCUCAAGCUAUUUCAAGCACUUAACCUUGCCUCCUGAUCAUGGCCACAGCAACACACUUGCAAGCGUCAAAACAAUGAUUAGAUUAUCUAUCGGCUGAAAAAUCUUUCGACAUGCGCCCUUGCGGAGCCUAAGAAAACGUACCAGCCACCAUCACCCCUAACAUGUAAACACGGCGUGCGGUACAUAGCCGGAGAACAACUAAAUCUUUGGCUAUACGCACUUCCUCGGCCACGAAGAAAAUGGGGUAUGUGGAAUAGAAAACUAUAUUCAGUUUCACAUACUUGUUUUAGGUAAUUUUGUUUUCAUACGGUUUUCUUUCCCCCGCAGGGCAUAACACUUAUAAAUCUUAUAAACGGCAUUUUUUCCUGCUCGUUGCAGAGACAGCGAGCUAGCUUACGUAAAAGGACACUUAGUACACUUGUACUGAUAACGAAUUAUGUAGCCUGCGGUUAAUGUCCUGAGAUAUUUUUUUUUCCCCCGUCGGUAUCCAGUAAUGUUAAAUAUUGAAGUGAAAGGCUAAAUUACCACCGUCAUGUUAUCACCUCCAGACGCUAUUAGUACUUGAGGGAACAAUCGCUCCUAUCUGCUGCUAUCAAAACGCGCUGAUUGUGUUGCCCCGUGGCGCUCAUUGUGACAUCUAUUGGGAUACCAGUUCACAUUUUACGUCACUAUGCUGCUGAAGACUCAUGACCUUUAUACUACUACUGUUCACGUGCUACUUCCUACCAUUUCAUAACGGAGCAGCGUUUUCUAAAAAUCGGUGCUGAGCAUGUUUGGAUUGUGUUGGCAUUUGAUAUAAUUUUCGGUGAACGGUCUUUAUUUAGUGUUAGAAAUACUUUAUUUUAGAGAAGUACAAAAACUGGAAAAGUUACACGUAUAAAUUAUACUAGAUGAAGCACUAACAUCAUUACUGUUCUAAAAUACUCGUACAGCCGGAAGCUGUGACGUUAGACGAGAAUCCAACGCGUAUUGUACUGGCUGAAACAAGUAAAAACCAAGAUUUAUUGUAAUUGUAAUCACCUUAUUCACAAAACGUUCCCAAAUACCAAGUUUCAGGAGAAUCCAACGCGUGUUGUACUGGCUGAAAAUGAAGUAAAGACUAAGAUUUAUUGUCAUCACCUUAUUCACAAAACGUUCCCAAGACCAAGUUUCAGGAGAAGAACCCUACAGGUCUUGUACAGGAAAGGAAAAACACAGCAUUAUGGAAAUAAGCGCUAAUUUCUGGAGCCAUGUAAAAUUACAUUAUACAACCGAGAGGAAUUAAUCAAAUUAAUGAAUUAAAUUGGGUUUUAAACCCAACAACCGGAUGGCAACAUUAAUGUCAUUGAAAUAUCAUGCGAGACUAUAUAAAGCAAAACGCCACAACUUUGCCUAUUACGACAAACAUUUAUAUCCUUUAUUCAUCAUACGCACGUGAAAUCCGGUGACAGUGACGUUAAAGGUUCGCGGGUGAGAAUCCGACUCGAUCCGUCUGCACUGUUGAUAUUUUGUAAACAAACUCCACCUCCUGACCACUUCCCAAGGUCUUAUCUCGGCAAUUGGUCGCUCCUUUGACUCCUACACCACUUUUAAAGCCAUGGAUUUCUAGGUGACGACACAGCAGUUCUCACACAAGACCACUGCCAUGUCACUAGCCGGCCACCGCUCUCCUCUGGUAGGAGGGCCUGGCAGUUUGAAUACAGUGUCUGCAGACAUAUGGAUAGCCAACCAGCUCCCGGGAAUGCAGAUAAACGGCCGCAUGUCAGCAGUGCGGCGUUUCUUCUGCCUGUUCGUGACCUUUGACUUCCUCUUCACGGGCCUAUUUUGGGCUAUCUGCGUGCUAAUUAAAGAAGGAGGAAAGUAUAGUGCAUUAGUUGAGGAGAUCAUCCACUACAACAUACGUUCCUCUAUAUUUGACAUCGUGAUGGUUGCUGCCGUGCGGUUCACACUCCUGCUCCUUCUGUACGCUUUGCUCCACAUCAACCACUGGUGGAUGGUGGCAAUAACUACAGCAGGAAGCUGUGCAUUUUUCAUAUCCAAAAGCUUAAUGUAUGAGUGGCAAGGGAAAGAUGCAUCCAGUUAUCCAUUCGAGGUGACUCUGCUGCUGCUUUCCUUCCUCAUAUCAUGGAUAGAGGCCUGGUUUGUGGACUUCAGAGUCUUGCCUCAAGAAAACAGAGCCAAGAGUGUGCUUGAGGCGGCCAGUAAUUGUGACCACCAGGAGACUGACCCACUACUGCCUGGGCUGGACCGGGUGCGGGACUACCUCAGCGCCUACUCUGAGACUGUAGGUGACUUCUACUCCCCAAUGGAAUCUCCUCUCGCUUCUGAUGAUGAGGAGGAGUAUGGGGGACACACAGUCAAUAGAAGGAUGACUUCUGAAGAGAGAGAGCUUCAAAUCAGCGGAGUCGAGGCGCUGCAGAAGGCCUGGGAGACCAUCCACUCCCCAGGCUGGAAGCUGGAGAAGGAGAGUUCUCACGGAGACACCAUUUACACCAAGCUGGGCUCAAGUGGAACCAAAAUAUACAAGCUUACAGGUGUAAUUGACACAGAUUCCAAUACUUUGUUUAAUGAAAUUGUGCAUAAUAUUGAAAAUAUGCCAAGUUGGAACAAGGCUGUGACUGUGGGGAGAAUUAUUCAGAGUGUGGACAGCAGCACAGAUGUGGUGUACCAGCUGGCGGCGGAGGGGCCAGGUAGGGUGGUCACUGCAAGGGACUUUGUUAAUGUCCGCCACUGGAAGAAGAUUGGCAACUCAAUGGUGUGUGCAAACAUCUCGGUGGUUCACAAGGACGAGCCACCACAGAAGAGCAUCGUCAGAGGGGAAAAUGGGCCGUGCUGCUGGGUGUUUCAGCCUGCAGAGAACGCACCACGGAAAUGUUUCUUCCAGUGGCUGCUGGACACAGAUCUGAAGGGCUGGAUCCCCCAGUACGUGCUGGAGCAGGCCCUCACCUACGCCAUGACAGACUUCAUGAGUUGCCUGAGGAACUAUGCACCAACUCUCAAGACUCAGACCUCACAAAGAAAAGGACACAGAUAACUUUUAUCUCAUCAUCUCAAGUUGGUAAAAACAUGAACCAUAUCAGAUCAUACAAAAGCAAUAGUAUAUCCUGUCCCUGAACAUUUAAAUUCCAUUGUAUGUAUGUUGACAUUAUGCUAUUUAAUUUGAGCUUUCAUCUGUUUAGAACACAAGUCUUGUAACCCAUUCUGCUUUGAACAACAGUUAAAUUUUCACUUUGGUGUGUGGAGUAACUACCAAUGUUUUGUCCUCCCAGGACUUCGUUAAAUUGAAUCACUCGUAUCCCUGACAUAUCAGUGCUGUUAAUUUUUUAUAUACAACCUUUCCUGUAGUUCUUUUGUUCAUAAUCAUUCUUCUAAACAUUGGAUAAGUGUCUCCAUUUAAUAGCCUUCAGAGUAUUAUGAGAUAUUAAAUUUGUGUUGUGCUUUCAGAGCAUGAGAAUGAGAGCUGUGCAAAGGCCAGUUGAUUACCAAAUUAUGCUCUCCUUUCAUUCUAAAAAGUGAAGGACAUCCACAAAUUUUUUCUACAUAUUCAAGUGUAGUAAUGAGACAAGGGCUGGAUGGAAACAUUUGGUUCCUGAAAGUUGACAUUGAUAUGGAAGAACUUCAAAAAACAUGUACAAUGCUAGAAAACUUGGAUAAAAAAGAUAUUAUUUCUUCAUCCUUACCCUUUAACUUUUUCAUAAUAAUUUGUAAUUCACUUUAUCCACAAAGAUAUUAAUUAUAUCCAUCUUUAAGCUAAUGUUGGACUCAUCUCGCUCAUUAUUCUCAAGGAUCCAUUCCAACAUUAUUUCUUUCCAUACUCAUUCAGCUUAUCUGUUAAAGCAUUAAUGUUUUUCUGUGUUAUUGUCAUAAUAUUAUAAUCAAAGUAUAUUAUAGUGAUAUCAAGUGUAUUAUUCUGAGUAAUCUUACAAUUGUUUAAUCUUUGUUUCUUUUAAAAUUCAACUGAUUUUAAUAUACAUAUCACCCAGCUACAACUUUUGUGGUGUGGUGUAUAUUGUUUGUGGUCUUUUUAUACAAAAUGUAUAUAGAAAAAAACACACACACACACACACACACAGGUGGAAAGGAUUGCUGGCCAUUUACUCUUGUAGGGACUGUGAGGUCAGAGCUCCCUAACCUACUCGUACCUACUCUAGCUAUGGCCAGUAUUACACAGGAGCAUUUCUGGCCUUCCUGCAUAGUGAGUUCCUUUAAUAGUGACUUAGGAGAGAAACCUUCACCAUAGGAAAUUAUCUUUUGAUGACAAAUUUGCCACUACACUGGUUUUGACAAAUUUGUGAACAAUUAUUUGCUUAGACAAGAAUUUUUCCACCAAAAUCCAUGUUGAAGGAAUGCACUAAGAAGGAGCAACAGUUUAUGAAAGAAAUGCUUCCAGUGUAAUAAUUAUUUAAGUGGGCAGUCUUCUCUGUGAAAGGGGACUAGCUAAGUGUCUCCACCUGGUCAGGGAAGAGAAUCCAACCCUGGACCUCUUGGCUGUGAAACAAGUGUGCUAACCAAAAUGCCACCACACCACCUGCAACUGUAAAUAACUUGUCAUAUAAAUAAAUCAUAAUGCGAAUGUAUUAUUUGUAGAAAAGCAAGUGACUGCAAUGCUUGUCUCCUUGAAUCCGUAAGCUUAAGAAACAUUUGUAUAUAUUCCAUGAUCUUUCUCAUUUCCUUAAUUUUCUUGCAUGUCUGUGAUAUGAAUAUUAUUGCCUUACUUGUAAUACUAAGAUGCAACCUUUCUAGAACUGUUUCUAUUCGCCAUUCCUUCAUUACAUUUAAACCUUUAUGGGGACAGGUGACAUGCUGUGUAUAUACAAAUGUCCAGCCUCAGGUGGGCUUGCUCAUUAGGGAUGUACUCCUGCACCUUGCUAAUUUUCAUUCUGCUAGUUUAAAGUUUUACCCCAAAUGCUACCUUCAAAUCUUCAAAUGCCAGAUUGAUUUCUUUAAUCAAUGAUUUCGUGAUGCAAUCCUUUUUCUCAAAUCUUGAAUAUGAAUUACCUAUCACUUGUACGCAUCUGUCAGUAUGUCUUAUACGUGCAAAUGUGAUUCGUGUAUCCCACAGACAUUCAUGUUUUGUAUAUAUGUAAUGAUUACAUGUCAUUGUUUUAUAAUGGCUCUCUAACGAAGACAGACAAAGGUCUUCAUGAAAAAUUAAUGUAUUAAGUACUUGCGUAGUUUAACAGACAGCGAACAAGAAGCUGCUACAUAUCCUUGUCCACCCAAUGAACACUCCGCCCACCCAUCACUGUCUGCCAAACUUACCACAGCACUCAGUGAACCCUCCUUCCAUAUAUUUUCUAUCCCCUCUACGCUAAUCUCUUUCCUCAUAAUCUAUCUGUAUAGACAGGUAUAAAAAAAACUGGCUGGUAAUCUAGGUUGUGAUGCUUGUAGAAUGAAAGGUAGCAUACUUCUUGACAUUCAUAUAAUAGUUACAAACGAGUGAGGAUGCUGUAGUGCAGAACAUUGCAAUAAUAGCAAAGUGUGAAAGGGCACCAGUUACUUUUGUUAAUUUUGCAAUGUAUUGUGAAAGCUAUCAGAACUUUUACCAAACCAAACCAGUGAAAAUGCAUGUUCUUGGGAGACAACACCAGUUAGAUUUAAUUGGAGGUCUUUGUGGCAGUGCAACUCAGUGUUGCACCUUGACAAUAGGACUGGUUCCUCAGAAUGAAGCAAUGCAAUGUAAAUGUAUACUGUUGGGGAGGACAAAAGUUAUGUUAUUAGGGAUGGCGUAUUUCAGUGACAGCUUGACAAUAAGACUAGUUCCUCAGACUAUGCAUAUUUUUAAGUAGUACUGUUAUUGUGUGACUUUGUUGCUGUCAAAGAAAGACUGUCUAGUUUCUUAGCUAUAGAUGAGAUGCUUCACUCACUUCAUACUCAUUACUUUUGUCAAUGAGGCAGUCAUAACAAGCCAUAAAUCAAUAGUUACUUGUUAGAUUUUAUUCAGCUAUUAUACAUAUGUUCUACUCAAGAUAUACUAAGAGAAAGCUAUUCUUAUGGCUGGAGUUAGUAUUUUAAGCAGGAAUAUACUCACCAAAACUUAUAGGGAUCUGCCAUAAUAGAGACUUUACUGUAGCACUUAUUAUAUGAAUCAGUAAAACUUGAUUCAGUGGAAAUAUCACAGUUGAGAGUGUAAAGCUUGAAACUCUAAAACCCUUAUAUCACAAAAUUGUUGGUUUAGCACUAAGUUUAACACACACACACACACACACACACACACACUUGGGUUGUACUAUUCUCAUGAGGAACAUGUGAUAUGCUAACCCAAGUUUCGGGCAUUGAUUAAGAAAGGCAGGUCAUGAAUGGCUUGUGGCAUCUCAUUGCUAUGUUAUUUCUCUUGAAAUUUCUAAGGUUCCUCUUGCUGAUAUUUCUAGGUAUUUUUAAUCACCUUUAAGAAUAAGUUACACAAAGAGACAUGGUACAUGACUCUUGGCUUUGUGGCAGGUUGUAUGAUGUGUCUAGAUUAGGAAGACACUCCUCUCAAAUGUAUCACUUUUUAUUAUCGUUAUUAUUAUUAUUAUUAUUAUUAUUAUUAUUAUUAUUAUUAUUAUUAUUAUUUUACAUCAACAAUGGUUGAUUUAUCUCUUAAACAAGAAACUGCAACUUGAAUUUUGCUGUCAGAGCUUUUCAUAGUAAUAAUUUAACUAUUCAGUCUUCCUUUUCUGUUUUGCGUUUAUUCAUCAACCCAAAUAUUGUCCUAAGCAAUUAGUAGCACCAUUUCUGUUUAAACUCAAGGAAUGCUGAUGUUAGAUACAAUGUAGGAAAGAAAUAGGAGUGAAGGUUGUAUGAUACUUGAUAAAAUGAGAUGCAUUUGAGUGUUACAAUUCACAGGAGAGGACAUGGUUAAUGUUAUAGGUUGUGCAUUACAAGUCAGUUGUAUCCUGAACUCUGAGUGAUCUGUGGCUCUAGUACAGUGUGGUCCAUUACACAGAACCAUCUUCCACAUGACCAACAACUGUUUUGAGAGUGUGGGGCCGCCUCCUGUUUUGUGAGAAUGGUUUUUAGUUUGAUGUUGGAGGUUUCAGUCUAUGGAGAGUGUACAGCUGUCAUUCACAACACAUUCCAAGCCUGAAUGGUGAAACAAUUGCCUGACAGCUCACCAGUUGUACUUUACACUGAGAGAUGUCCAAUUCACCACGAAAGGAAACCACAUGAUUGGUGUAAGCACCAGGCACAGAAUUUUAUGAUGUUAAAGAUAUGCAUUACCAUGUGCUGACCAAUAGCAAUUCGGCCUAAUUACACUUUGGAUAUGAAUGAAAUAUCACUACAGCAGUAAUAUCAUACAAUUCCAUAUUUUUCAUUAUUUUAUCCAGCUUAAUCCAAAGUAAGAGACAGGCUGUACUCAUUCACUGAGCUGCAUUUUUCCUAAGGUUGUAUUUUGGAUGUCCCUUCAUUACUCAAUUAUUCAAGCCUAUAUUGUGCCAUUUUUGUUACUGAAUCUUUAAGGGUAUUGUGUGUUGUACAAAACACUUCUAGAUGUAAAUAACAUGUAUGUAAUAACUUGAGUGAUGAACAAGUGUAUAUUUUCUACUACGAAAGCUUUAUUUAGUUCUCUGGGCAUCUUUUUGUGUGCAUACGUUAACAAUCAUCCUGUAGUGAGCUAUGCAUUACCUUUGUUUAGUUUGUUGUUUUACUGGUAUCAGUUGGACAUAGUGAUGCCACAACCUGCCAUAUGCAGUGAGGGGAGAUGCUCAGCUGUGAUCAGUAGUUUACUGAUCUGCCACACUUGCUCUGCAUUCAGUGUUUUCCCCGAGUCACAGUCCUUAUGUCUAUUAUAAUCUGUCAAUGGGCAGGUUUUGUGUGAAGACUCAGCUUUUGAGAAGACUUAAGAAUGAGAGGAAAUGAAGCAUGACAGAUUAAUCAAUUUCUGCAUCUGUCUCAACCUCAGGUAAAGGUAUUUUUCAUAUUUACAGCAAUGUACUGUUUGAUUUACGAUACCAAAGUAUUACUGGGUGAGCGGUGAGGAGCUUGACCUGAUCUGUGGUGGUGGAAUACUCCAGAGCCUUCAUGUAUAUACCUUUGUUAUUAAAACAGGAAAGUGCUAAUUA